CUGAGUUUUGUUUAGCGGUGGCCCCGCCUGGUGACGCUGGCAGAUCAGCGUAGAAGCUGCUGCAGCUGGUUAUGGGAGAAGAGGGUCACACGAGCAGUGAUUUUUCUGCUUAACAAUGAACGACUCAGGCUGGAAUGACUUGCUGGCUGCAGGAAAACGGCAGUACGAUGGAAGCACUUCCAUAUGAGAGGCAGCUGCUCUGUUGUACCGAUGCCAGUCUAUCAAAAGUUAUAUAACGGUGUUCCCUAGAUAUCAGCUUAAAAUGUGCAGUGGAAAUAUCAGCAAUGUUUGACAAAGGGACUUGAGUCAUUCAUGUAUCCAGAUACUUUUUUCGUGCUGCUCUGCUGACCCUGUGAUGAAACCAACCAUGCCUACCAACAUCCUAUGGAUUCUUACAUUACAGCUGUCAUACCACCUAGUAUGCACUGCAGAGCAUGACGGAGUAGCUCAGCAUGCCAUAAAGCUACAUCGAGGCAAAGGAGCCACAGUAAGCCAGCGAAAGCAAUGGCUUCUGAACAACUGCCGAAAGCUGUCUGGCCUCCUUCAUCAGAAGAAUGUGGUGCUGAACAAGCUGAAUAAUGCUAUUAAAGCUGUAGAGAAAGAUCCAGGGUUGUCAUCUGAAGAGAAGUUGUUCCAAGUACACACAUUUGAAAUUUUCCAGAAGGAACUAAAUGAAAGUGAGAACUCUGUAUUUCAGGCAGUUCAUGGGCUGCGCAGAGCUCUGCAGGGAGAUUACAAGGAUGUUGUAAACAUGAAGGAAAGCAGUAGGCAGCGGUUGGAAGCUUUAAGAGAAGCAGCAAUUAAGGAGGAAAAAGAAUAUGUAGAACUUCUGGCAGCUGAAAAACACCAAGUUGAAGCACUCAAAAACAUGCAGCAUCAGAAUAAAAGUCUGUCCAUUCUUGAUGAGAUACUAGAAGAUGUUCGAAAGGCUGCUGACCGACUAGAGGAGGAGAUAGAAGAACAUGCUUUUGAUGAUAAUAAGUCUGUUCGAGGUGUGAAUGUGGAGGCAGUCCUCAGAGUAGAAGAGGAUGAAGUUAAAAGAAAUACAUCUCAACGACACGUAGAGGAUGAUUUGGGGCUUAGUAUGUUGAUUGACUCACAGAAUAACCAGUAUAUUCUGACAAAACCAAGGGAUUCUACCAUCCCCCGUGCAGACCACCACUUUAUAAAGGACAUUGUUACCAUUGUUAUGCUGUCUCUUCCGUGUGGAUGGGUGUGCACAAUGAUUGGCCUUCCAACCAUGUUUGGAUAUAUUGUGUGUGGAGUACUGAUGGGUCCUUCUGGAUUAAACAGCAUCAAGUCUAUUGUACAAGUGGAGACCUUAGGGGAAUUUGGAGUAUUCUUCACCCUUUUUGUAGUUGGCUUGGAGUUUUCUCCUGAACGGCUCAGAAAGGUAUGGAAAAUAGCACUUCAAGGACCAUGCUAUAUGACUGUCCUAAUGAUUGCAUUUGGCUUGCUUUGGGGACACUUACUGAGAAUCAGACUAACACAGAGUGUCUUUAUCUCAGCUUGUUUAUCGUUGUCAAGCACACCUUUGGUAUCCAGAUUCCUUGCUGGAGGGUCUCGUGGAGAUAAAGACGGAGACAUUGACUACAGUAGUGUGCUUCUUGGCAUGCUAGUAAUGCAGGAUGUUCAGCUUAGUUUAUUCAUUGCUGUUAUGCCAAUGCUUAUUCAAGCCAGCGGGAACUCUAAUUCGAGCUCUAGUAUUUUCCUGGAAAUUCUGAGAAUCCUUUCACUUAUUGGACAAAUCCUCUUUUCCUUGGUUGCCACUUUUCUUGUAUGUGUCAUUAUGAAGACCUAUCUCAUUGGACCAUAUUAUCGUAAACUGCAUACAGAGAGCAAGGGGAACAAAGAAAUUCUUGUUAUGGGAAUAUCUGCAUUCAUCUUUCUCAUGUUAACGAUUACAGAGUUACUGGAUGUGUCUAUGGAAUUGGGGUGCUUCUUAGCUGGAGCUCUAAUCUCAUCCCAAGGGCAUAUGAUCACAGAAGAAAUUAUGUCCUGCAUUGAACCUAUACGUGAUUUUCUAGCUAUCAUUUUCUUUGCAUCUAUAGGACUUCACGUGUUUCCCACAUUUGUAGUAUAUGAAUUAACAAUACUUUUGUUUCUGACCCUGUUUGUGGUGAUCUUGAAGUUUGUAUUGGCUGUACUUGUACUGUCAUUGAUUAUGCCAAAAAACAGCCAGUACAUUAAAUGGAUUGUAUCUGCUGGUCUGGCUCAAGUCAGUGAAUUCUCAUUUGUACUAGGAAGCAGGGCACGUAGAUCAGGGAUUAUAUCUCGAGAGGUCUACCUACUGAUCCUGAGUGUGACGACCUUAAGCCUUUUACUAGCGCCUGCAUUGUGGAGGGUUGCCAUUACCAAAUGUGUCCCGAGACCAGAAAAACGUUUGAACACUUGACUGGAGCAAGAGCUAAAAACAAUCUUUUGUGUUUGUUUUUCUCUAAGACAUAGUGCUCUUUUUACAGGUCACUAUAAAUCUAAACAUACAGAGACUCUUCUCAAGAAAACGUUCAACCAAUUUAAGUCUCUUGAUUCCCAAAACACUAAAUACAAUUCCAUUUUUGUAUUUGUCAUACAUCUAUAUUUAUCCUGGUGGUAUCCUUGAAUAUUUCUUCUAAAUGUGCCUUGAAACUAAAUUAUUUUUUGAUUAUUUUUCUCUGGAAAUACUAUAUUUAGCUGCACUUGUAUUGUACAGUACAGUACUGAUCAAUGAAUUAUGUAAUUAGAGGUUUUGGAGAGGCUUGCUGCUGAUCGUGCUUAUAAAAAUAGGAGAUUUAGUAUGUAUAAUAAGGCAUGUAGAUGCUUUGUCCUUUUUUUUUACUAUCUAGGCAUGUGAUGCCUGCCAUAAAAACUAAAGAUAAGCUAUCUGAUUCUCUGCAAUAGUGAUGUGCGAACAGACCCGAAGCCCUUGGGACUCACAGGUCGGGCGGUUUCCCACUUCCGCCAGACAAAUGCCUUUUUAUAUACUAGUGUGCCCAGCUCCAUUCUGUCUCUUCGGGGACAUGCAGAAGUAUAUAAAUAGGAGAGCUCAUGGUGGGUUAUGGUCGGGUGCGGGUCAAGACCCAGGUUGACCCGCACAUCACUACUCUGCAAGAGCGUUUUUCUGUGUAAAUUGUGGAUUUUCAUGACAGGAGUUUAUGUAUUUUUUUCAAAUCCUUAUUUUCAUGAUGCUGCCCCUCUUUUUCAGUAUAAACUGAAAUGGCAUUAGAUCAGAACUAAAAAAAAUAAUCUAUAGAUUGUUAGGCCAGAAACAACAACUUCAGAUUUUAUGGUAUGGGACCCAUAAUAAUUUAUUCCUUACUAUACUGCCUACUUUACAUUGCAGUACCCAGCUUAAAGGGACUAUAUCAGUUUUGUUUUCUUCCCUCAUUUUUUUUCCUUUGUUAUUUAGGAUAAGGGCACACGCUAAGAUUCGGGGAGAUUUAGUCACCCUCUACAGGUGACUAAUUUCCCAGAAAAGCCUUCCUGCUUGCUAGAAUCGAAAUCACGGCUGGAUGACACUUGGAGAACUUCGUUUUCCAAAGUCACCCGAAGUUGCAUCAUGAGGAAACUUCAGGCGACUUCGGAAAAUGAAGGUCCGACUAAAUCUCCCCUUACCCUUAGUUACUUGUAUUCACUGGUACAAUUUAGCAAAACCCAUAACCUGUAAACAUCAAUUUAUACAGAUUAUCCAUUCUUCAGAACACAUCCUCUUCUAAUAUCCUUGAAAAUGACACUGUAGCAGAGGCUUUAACAUUACGAAUCAUGAUCUCUUAGUAUUCCUCUCUCUUCUUCUAUACUUGGGGAAGUGAGUGAGAAAAUGCAUUGCUCCCCAUUGUCCCCAAUUGUGCCUGCUGUUGCUUUUAUAAUAUUACAGAUGAUUUGAGUUUGAAUCAAAAGGGGAGCGAUUUAUUGUUUGUGUCUUCUGUCUACUGAGCUAUAUAAAACCCGCAAUUGCUUAAUUAAGAAGAAUACUGAUAGAGACCUGGCUGUUUUCAUAGACAACUCUUCUGCUGCCUUAGAAGUCCCACCCCAUUCUAGCAUGAAAAUAAAGUAUUUUUUGUAUGUAUAUAUCUUUUUGGUAUUGUUAAACGAAGGACAAAAUUUAGAACACUUAACUAAUAAUAGUACCCCUUAAGGUAAUGUUCCGAAGCACACAAUAUAGACAUUCUCUGUAAGAAGACAGAAAUCUGAAAGAUUUCUCUGGCACAAGUAUUGCUAAUUAUAUUGCUGACUUUUAACUUGUUAGUUUUCCAUAGUAUUGAGAUGGAUUAAAAGACAUUUCUGGACUCAUGUGAAGACAUUUUUAAAAACCUUCAGAACAGUGGAAGCAAAAAAUUGUUUAAAAAGAGGACCAAAGGUGGUUGAAGCUUUCCUGACUCAUUGCACUAGACUCACCAUUACUGUACAAUUUACAUUUGUUCUGUGACAGUUGCAUAAGUAAUGGACAUGAAGAAUCGUGCUACUAAGUUUGUUUUAAGAGAUCUAUGAAGAGACCAGCAAUAACGUUGAUACUCUGCUGUGUUUCUGGUUCUAGGAAUGUGUUUUGUUUUUAUUUUCUAUAUUGUUUUCUUAUAAGGGAUGUUGAUCUUUAAAAUGAUUUCCAUAUUGUAACAAAGUAGCUUUAUUUGCAAUUGUUUUUUUUCCCCAGGUUUUGGCUUUUUCAGCUUUGUUUAAAUAAUUUUACUGUGUUUGUUCUGCAGUUGUCCUUUAGACAGUGUGACAUUUAGGCUAUUGUAUGGUUGCUAGAGUUUAGGUUAUAUAAUUCAAGGUGCGAAGUUUGCUACAGUUCUUAUGAACUAUGCCAGCCAAUCCGCAUUUAUCAUUUCCUGGCCACUUGAAACCAUCUUAUUAGUUGUUAUGGGUUACUGCACCUCGGCAAACUUUAUGGCUUUUAUUACAUUAUGGGGGUGUGUGCCUAUGGAAAAGACCUGAAUUUAAUUUCAACAGAAGUAUAAAUAUAGGUAUGUUAUCCAGAAAGCUCUGAAUUAAGGAAAGGCUGUCUCCCAUAGAAUCUUUUUCUCUGUAAUAAUAAAACAUAACCUUGUACUUGA